UGCAGUUGCAUCAUGCAUUUCGGUCUGUGACUUAUCGAUGCAGUCUGCGUAUUUACCUUGUGCGUGUUGCAGUUCCUACAGUCUGUUCAAACGUGCAGUGCAAUGUAUAAAAAAAACCAAUGAUCCUACGGGACAAUUGAAAUUGCAGAGGUUGAUGAUAUGAUUUUGGUCGGUCCUUGAUAGAUUUCUUCGACUUGAAAAAUGAGCCACUCUUACAAAGUCCAGAAAGAUCGGAAUAAUUUCAUGUUAACUUAAUCUCACUCAGCCCAAUUAGAAUGUUAAGUCCGUUGAGCUUUUUCUAAGAGCUUUUUGUCGGUACCUAAUCAUAUUUGUCUUACCUAUUUUAUAGCUCCUGCAUUUUUAUAUUCGACAUUAUUUCUUAUAUUCCAAAUUAAUAAUGAGCUAGAUGCUUAGAAAAUUAGGGUGAGCGAGAUUCAGUCACUAAUCAAGCUUAUUCGAUGAAUAGACAGCAUAGAGUGAUUUGAUAAGUAAGAGAUAGAUGCUUUAUUUAUUAUGUCAGUCAGAUAAAAUGUGUAAUUUUUACUUUAUAAAAAUAAUAAUAACUUACCUCUUGAUUUGAUUCCAUCUUUAAGAGCGUUGACAUUUUUUCAGUGCAUGAGGAGAAUCUAGCCGUUUUACUUCUUAUUAGUUAAUUUAGUAGUAUUUCGUGACGUUGAAUAUAUUUUCAUAGUAUUAUCUGCAUUGAAAUCAUUCAUAGUUGAUUUGAAUUGUACCUCUUGCUGACGCAAAAAAUGAAUGUAUUGCACUUACUUUCGAUUCGUAAGAGGAGAUAUUUUGGAUACGAUAAUAUCGUAGAGAAUUCGAACAUGUCCGAUUCGCACAAAGGAUUAAUUAAAUUGAAAAAUGAUUUCGACGGAAAUGACACACGUAAAAAAAUUGACAAAAAAACCAGUGAAACAAUGACGUUGACAGAUUCUUUAUUAAAAUCAUUAAAACUAGAUUUAACAGUGAUGAAAUACACAACUUCAGAAAUGGAAGAAGAACUUAGAGUCAUUUUUGACACAUUCUGUGAAGAUUGGCCGAUCGAAAAAUGGCCCAUAAAACAUAAGCAGUUACGAAUCGACUGGAUUCCAUUUGAGGAUAUAUGCUGGGAUGUUCGUGAGAGUUCUGGAAAAAUAAAAACUGUAAUGUCCUUUUACGAUUUUAUUUACGAAUUUGACGAUUGUUUUGGAUACAACACUCCUACGAUUUAUAUAGAAAAAAAUGGGACUCUGACUGCCUUAUGUUUUGACUAUCUGGAUUAUUGGUACUUUGGUGGUUUUGCACACAGACCAGAAAAUGAUAAUACAGAUGAUAGCGACGAAGAUGAUGAUUUAGAUAAUACUGAAAAUGCAUCAAAACGCAGCAACUCUAAUGACAAAGACAAAGAAAUACUAAAAGCUCAGGUUGAAAAUAUAAAUGACGAAACAAAGGGAAAACUACUGACACAUUCUGACAUUGUAGAGCAGGACGGAGGGGUACUUUCUGGGGAGCUCGUUCACAAUUUGAAAUCAGCAAACAUUGAAAGAAAUAUACGUCCUGCUGCAUACAGCACUCGUAUGUUACAUGUUGGGGAGAGAGUUUGUCGUAAAAGCAGCUCGAAGGAAAAUAUAAUUGAUGAAACGAAGGGAAGACUAGGGUCACUCUCUGACGUUAUAGAGCAGAAUGGAGGGGUACUUUCUUGGGAGCUCGUCCACAAGUUGAAAUCAGCAAACAUUGAGAGAAAUAUACGCCCUGCUGCAGACAGGAUUCGGAGGUUACAAGAUGGGGAGCGAGUUUAUCAUAAAAGUAGCUCAGAGGAAAAUAUGAAUGAAGAAAUUAAGAAAAAAAUAUUGAAAGUUUCUGAUAUAGUGGAGCAGAAUGGAGGUGCACUUUCUUGGGGAUUCGUCCACGAGAUGAAAUCGGCAGAAAUUGAAAUUCAUAUACGCCCCGCUGCAGCCGGCAUUCGUAUGUUACAACUUGGGGACAGAGUUCAUUAUAUAAGUAGCUCAGAGGAGACGAUACUCAUUUUUAACGAUACAGAUCAAUCGACCUACUAUGUUUUUUUAAAUAGCAAAAUUGAGAUCGACAAGAAAUCAAAAGUUCUUAUAAAAAUAGUGUUUAUGAAUGAUGACGGAAGUUUCAAAAUUAACGAGAACAAGACAGUUACUUUUGAGACCCAACGAGAUUCGUUCUUUAAUUCUUAGAUAUAGUUAUUUCUUCUGUUUGUCGUAAUCUUGUGAUACCUAAGAGUUACACAUGCAUUAGUCGAAUUUCCGCGAGUGGAUUUGGUUGAGCUUCUAACUUACUGCCAACCUCCGUCAUAAGGAUACGAAUUGCGACGCACAGUGGAUCGAGUCAAUUGGUGAGGUCGGACAAGAAAUUUUUGACUAAAACUGCAAAUUUUUCUAUUAAUCAGGAAUAAAAAGAUAAAGUCUAGCAGACCCUAAUCCCAAAAAAUCUCUCUUAUUCUCUGCUUUAAUGCUUACCUUACUUCUCUGCUUGAUAGGACUUAAUGAUUGUAAAGUAGUAGUAGUAGUGGUAGAAUUAGUGGUAGUAAUAGUAAUUGUAGUAGAUAGUAAGGGUACCUACUUUUUCUAAAGAAAACAUUAUUUCAAAAAUUUGACUUUUGUAGAAAAUGUCAUUUACAUUUUUAUAGCCCAUUGCAGUUCGCUAUGUCCUCAAAUCCAUAAGAGUUAAGUGUUUUUUCCUUGAUCUUGCAUCUGUGUCAACUUUUGAAAAUAGUCAUUUUCAUUAACAAUAAUUUUUGUGAAUUUGUUGGUUAGGAAUUUUUCCAUAAAUUCUUUUUGGAUUCCUCACAAUCUUCUCUCUUAUGCAUAAUGAGUGUUGAUCAGUCACCAAAUAUGUAAGAAUACUAUAGGUGCGUUUAGCGUUAUAUUAUACCUUCGUUCCAUUGAUAAUAAAUUGAUUGCAUCUUUUUAUAAGAUUUGUAUCAAAUAAAUUUGAAUCGAAUGUAUUUGUGAAA